AUGCCCGAAAAAGAUAUCCCCAACCCGCCUUCAGCUCCAGCCUUGAUCAUCAACAAUGACGAUCGAGAAAGGCAGCAAAUACAAGAGACCGACGCAACAGGACUCGUUCGCGACCGAUUGCAGAGCUUAUACGAUGAACACGGGGUCACUUGGGAUAGUCCUCACGAUCCAAAUGACCCAUACAACUGGUCGACAUGCCACAAAGUCACCAUUGCCAUUAUCAUCUCAACUGGACAGCUGAUCACGCUUAUGUCUACCAGCGUCAUGGCGUCUGCGUUGCCGCAGAUAUCAAGAGAUCUGCGCAUCGACGCGGCGACAACCCAAAUCACAUUCUCGUUGUUUGUCCUAGGUCAAGCCUUUGCACCUUUCCCAAUCGCAGCGCUAUCGGAGAUGUACGGCCGAAAGCCCGUUUGGUUGAUUUCAUGCUGUUUCUACCAACUCUGGAACGCGCUGUGUCCCGUUGGGAGAAAUAAAGGCAUCAUGAUAGCCGGCAGAUUUCUUGCAGGCUGUGGGGCGAGCGCCGGUGUGGUAUUGACGGCACCCAUUAUGGCCGACAUGUAUCGGGCUGAGGACCGCGGCAAGUCACAAGCAAUUGCAUCCCUUAUCCCAUACUUCGGUCCAGCUCUGGGCCCGAUUGUUGGAGGGCUCGUAGCAAAUCAUGUCCAAUGGCCUUGGCUAUUCUGGAUUUUGAGCAUGUUGUCAGCCGGUAACACCGUCUUGGGGCUCUUCUUCGUACAAGAGACGUAUACACCAGUCCUGCUGCAGACACAAAGUCGUCUUCAGAGUGAGAUGAUUCUCCCGGCGGAGGCGAUGCGCCGAGGAGCAGCGUACCAGGAUCUUCAUGCCCGCCUGUCGACAAGUAUGCUGCGACCCCUCAAGUUGUUUGUUCGGCGACCUGUCAUCCUCGUCAUCUCCUGGAUUUGGGCGAUCAGCUUUGGGCUGUACGUUCUCGUCCUUUCUAGCUUCGCCACUCUUUGGAUUGAGCGCUACGGACAGUCAGAAACACAGAGCACACUGAAUUACAUCACCUUGGCCGUCGGGAUCACCAUUUCAUCUCAGGCAGGGGGCCAACUUAUGGAUCAAAUCUUUCGUUACCUCCGUAUCAGAGCCAAUGGCGUAGCGACCCCGGAGUACAGAGCUCCGUACAUGACCAUUGGAGUAAUCUUGUUGCCGGCCGGCCUGUUCUGGUACGGGUGGGCGGCAGAGGGAGGUAUGCAUUGGGCGUUUGUGGACGUUGGCGCAGCCAUGUUUACCUGUGGAACGUUCAUCACAGGCUCGGGCAUCGGGGCGUACCUGAUUGACGAGUUCAAACACGCUGCGUCUGCCAAUGCUGCCGCUCGUAUGCUGUCCAAUGUCUUGGGAUUUGUGUUUCCCAUUUUUGCCCCGCAGCUUUUCAAGACUUUGGGGUAUGGGUGGGGGAACAGCUUGCUGGCAUUCAUCUUCAUGGUGCUGGGGCUACCUGCGCCGCUGGUGCUCUGGUUUUGGGGCGAAUGGCUGCGGAAUUUGGGGAGGAAGGGUCAUGAAUGA